AUGGCUCAAAAAGCAGCUAAAACACUAGCCACUCGCAAUGCGGCCGUCCUCUCCCGCACACACCUCAUCACAGCCGUCCUGCACCUCCUGUUUUUGGGUCUGCACUUCACAAUUGGCCGUCCUCGCUCACUCAAGCCCUACUUUCUCCUUGCCGUACCGACGCUACUCAUCGAGUUCUACCUCGACCGCGUGGGUCGCCCCAGCUAUAACGCUGAUGGCUCGUUGCGCUCCGCAGGUGAGGAUCUCAACGCGACUGGCCUGACGGAGUACAUGUGGGAUGUGCUUUACUGGACCGAGGGCUGCAUUGCGGCAGCCUGUAUCUUCAAUGACCGGGCUUGGUGGCUGUGGGCUGUAGUCCCCGUGUACUCGAUCUACCUGGCCUACACGACGGUCAUGGGUGUGAAGAAGGGAUUUGCCGGAAUGGGAGGUGGUGGCGGUGCGGAUGGCCCCGAGGCUCAGGCAUCAAUGAGCAAGACGCAGAUGAAGAAAGAGAAGAAGGGCGAUCGUGUGAAGUACCGUCGCUGA